AUGGCGGUCUGGGAACAUUUGAACGUCGACAAAGCACACGUGGCGUAUGCUUGUGUUGGUGUUUUUUCAACAUGUUUUUCGCUAUGCUCCUUGUUUAUCAAAGAGAAACUCUACGUUGGUGAGGCCACAGUGGCGUCUAUCUUUGGUCUUAUUGUUGGCCCCCAUUGUUUGAACUGGUUCGCACCAACCACAUGGGGGAACUCCGAUUACAUAACGCUGGAAAUCUCCCGAAUGGUGUUGAUUAUCCAGAUUUUCGCAGUGGCAGUUGAAUUGCCGAAAAAAUACAUGCUCAAACAUUGGGUGUCUGUAUUUGUCUUUCUGGUUCCUGUGAUGACAGUUGGCUGGCUGAUGGUUGGUCUUUUUGUUUGGAUUCUCAUCCCAGGCCUUAACUUCUCUGAGUCUUUGCUCGUGGCCUCUUGUGUGACCGCUACGGAUCCUGUUUUGGCAGCUGCGGUUGUAGGUAAGGGAAAAUUUGCAAAGCGUGUCCCAGGUCAUCUCAGAAACAUUUUGUCAGCCGAGUCGGGAUGCAACGAUGGAAUGGCUUUUCCCUUCAUCUAUCUGGCGAUGAACCUCAUAAUUCAUUCUGGACAUGCCGGUGAGAUUAUCAAGGACUGGAUUUGUGUUACCAUUCUGUACGAAUGUAUCCUUGGUUGUGUCAUUGGUGCUUUCAUUGGUUGGGUUGGGCGGCAUGCAAUUAGGUUUGCUGAAAGUAAGGAUUUGAUUGAUAGAGAAUCUUUUCUGGCAUUCUACGUUGUUUUGUCAUUUGUGUGUGCUGGUUUCGGUUCCAUUCUUGGCGUUGAUGACCUUUUGGUGUCCUUUGCCGCUGGAACUGCGUUCGCAUGGGACGGCUGGUUUGCACAAAAGACGGAAGAGUCACAUGUGUCCACUGUGAUUGAUCUGCUGCUCAAUCUUGCUUAUUUUGUUUACUUCGGAGCCAUUGUUCCGUGGGAAAAGUACAAUGAUGGGUCUUUGGGAUUGGAUGACUGGAGGCUUGUUUUACUCGCCAUUGUGGUGAUCUUUUUGCGACGCAUUCCUGCCGUGUUGGCACUAAAGCCUUUGACACCAGAUGUGAAAAACUGGAAAGAAGCUCUUUUCUGUGGCCAUUUUGGCCCAAUUGGAGUUGGUGCCGUAUAUGCUGUUAUUCUUGCGAAAUCCGAACUAGAAGAUGACGAAACAGGAAAGAGAGGACCACUUAAAACGCUACCUGGUAUCGGUACCAAGUACUACCAACUGCUGGAGGUUCUCUGGCCAAUUGUUUCUUUCCUAGUAAUCAUCUCAAUUGUUGUUCAUGGCUCCUCUGUUGCCGUGCUGACCCUGGGAAGGCACCUCCAGAGCAUGACCUUCACGUUGACGAUGACCCACACCGAGGGAUCACACCAGGGAUGGGUAUCACGUCUUCCAAAGCUGGACUCCACUGGCCGUUCGAUGUCAUUGCACAGGAUAGACACUAUGGCAACAUCUGAGCCAACCCUACAGAAUUCAGCAGAAAAUGGGCUUGCUGGUCGCUUAAGUUCUGCACCCACCAUCGAGACAAGCGGUGUCCCUGCUAGGCCCGCUGGUGGUAUGCGCAGAAGACGGAAGAAGAGGGGCUUGAAGCAUAGGGGCGAGAAAUAUGCUGAACAUCGUGAAAGGCCUGUCACUGAGAGUUUGGACUUGCGCCAGCUACAGAGAAACAGGGAGAGUGCCAUGGACGUACAAGUGCCUCAGAUAGAAGUGGAGUCACCCAAAUCUGAGACUUUUAAUAAGGAGGAAUCUGCAUCUGCUUCUUCGGAAACUGCACGUCCAAAGAUACAAUACAAUGAGCAAGACGUGGAAUAUGACGAGGAUGGAGAUGUCAGAAUUCCUACUAUGGGAUACGAUGAAGGCAAUGAGCUCGUUAUUGAAGAUCAACACGGAGAGAUAAUGAGCGAAUUGUCUGAGGACUCUGAAAGGGAUGAGAGUAAUUCCCAGCCCUCAUCGAGCCGUGUUAAUGAUCUGCGUAAGAGAGAAAGCAGUCCGAGCAUUCAUUCAUUUGCUUCUUUGGAGAAGCAUAUGACUCGUCUCUCUCGGGCACCUUCACACGAAGAGCCAAAGAAGCGUGAGAAGCUAAUGGGAAUGAAGAAGCUGGUCUCCGGAAAGACUAAGUCUGGUUCGCAAAACAAAAUUGACAUGACAAAACCCUCAACAUCUACAGGAAAACAGACCAAGUACUUUGGUUACAGGAUAGACAACCAAAUUAUCAUCGAAGACGGUGAGGGUGAAAUCAUCAGAAGGUACCGUAUUAAUACCCAUUCAGGAGGAGAUGAUUCUCCAAUGAAGCCCAGGCCUCGUUCAAACAGCACUGGUGGACUGAGAAAUCGUGCUUUGACAUUUGUUGGUUUCAGGCCCAAGGCUGAAAAAGAUGUUGAGCACGCGGAAGCGACUAACAACAUGUUCAUACCGGAUGCCUCCAAUCAAGAAGGCGAUGGUAUACCAAACGACAAAGAGCUCGAGAAAAAACUCACGGGCUUCUUAACUGUUCCUGAGAGCCGGCAAGUAUCCUCGGAAGAGGAGAGUGACAGCUAUGAAGGUACCACUGACGAUGACGAAGACGAAGACGAUGAUUCCAGCGAAGAGGGAGGACUGGCUCAUCGGGCAGUCGCAGGCGAGAGUGAGUACGAAAGAGCUAGAAGGUUGGCGGCCUUGGAUGUCUCUGAGCGACUCGAUGAUGAUGAGGAGGACAUACCGAAGAGUAGUAGAAAUUGA